AUGCAUCCUCGGCAAAGCAUUCUGUCCAUGUUCGACCCGUUGAACCAAUCCACCACGCAGUCACUGGGCGAUGAUUCUGAGAAGGAGAACGCCACGCCAACCCGUGCGCAGAAGCCUGCUGAUGGGCUGACGAUGACUGCCUUCUUCAACCGCACUUAUAAACCUACCCUCCAACCCAUGCAGCCUACGCUCACUCGGAGGCUCGUUGACGUUGGUGAUAUAACAGUGGACGAAUUCUCAAUCAUGUCGCUUGGUCUGGAGGAGCUGAGCGAAGAUUUGGAAGGAGAUGUUGAUUGUGGAGAUGAUGAAGGCGACACGACGGUACUGGCGCCACACGAUUUACCACCGCUUGUUGAUGAACCUACUGCCGAGGAACCCGUUACGCCCAAGGCCGUCAGAUCCCAUAUACGUGGACUCUCUGCACUUACCCAUCAGGAGCGCACCCCACCUGCAUUAAUUCCAACCGACUUCACUGACUACGGAGCUCUUCCGGAUCACUCGGAGGACCAGGCGCCAUCUUUGGCAUUGCCGACAUCUGAGACCACCCCUGACCACCUAACAAUAUCGAUUCCCGACUCAGAGUCUUCGCAGCCGUCACCAGAAUCGUCGUUCAACCCCGUGAUUACUAUUUCUUCUCCAGUUGCUGCCUCGCCGUCGCAUAGUUCCCCCACAGCUGUGACAGGCAAAGAGGAGGACUCACCGGUCAUACUCCCAAGCUCACCCUCUUCGACACUGCGACCCCGGAAGUCGACUGAUAUAGCUAUCGAUGAUCCUCGGCGUUGCUCCGUGGACCUUCAACAGUCGUUCUGCUUGCAGAUGCAAGAAGCAGACAGUUCGUUUGACCUUCUUAACGAUAAAAUAUCCUUCUUCGCGUCGGCAGGGGGACCUGGAAUGGAGACUUCUUUCGACGAUGACGAUGAUAGCUUCGACGUUCAAGUGAAAGCUUCAGGAAGGAGUCACGAAGCAUCCAAAGACACCACCAAGGGGACUGAUACUCUCAACUUCCUGGACGACAUCCAGAUGCCAACUUCAGAUGAAACCCAAGCAUUUUCGCUGGUAGAGACUCCAAUAAGUACUCCCCAGCUGUCCCCAAAGAAUGCCCCACUCUCGACUGCGAAAUCACUUGACGACGCUUACGACAAUACGGAAUUAAUGAAGGAAGCUUUCCACAGUCGAAAACCGCCAAUUAAUUCAAGCGCUACCCCUAAGCCUACCGCCCUUUCCAUGGCUCCUCCCCCUGUCCACGCGCUCAAGAUUGUUAAGCGAUCAAGGCUACAACAACCUACCCAAGCGCGUCCCCGAUCAAGUAACCUCCCAGAGGAGAUAAAUGCCAUACGACCUUCUUCGUCGAGACCCAUUUUGCCGCUCUCUGAUGCCACGAAGGAUUCUAGCAGCGGUAGCAGGCCUGCGCGCGUGCCCUCCCAGGCUCCCCGUUUCAAGCCACCUCGUCCACCAGUGCCUAAACUUGUACAAGGCACCUCCGCCAGCUCGACUGUGUCCGCUCUUUCUGGUGCUCCAGGCAGGCCUACAAUUUCCCAGGGGAGUUCAGGAGCAACUAUCGGGGUUGUACGUACCACUCGUGCAGUCACAUCUCCUGCUUUACCCCCAACAACUGGUCCUCCCGCUCGCAGGGUGCCUCUUGGUAUUCCCGACACUAAGACCCCAUCUGUCAGCGCGAACUCGCCGGCGGCCGUUUUGAAGCCAUCGCGCAUCCCAGGAAAAGUGUCCGGCUUACCUCGGAUAACUUCCGCGCCAUCCAGAUUGCCGGGCCCUUCAGCGACAUCAAGAGGGAAAUCGACCGGGGACAUCGGAAAUGCGGCGACGCGUCUAGUGCGACCAGUACCUGGUAGAAGAAUCAAUUGA